AACGGGGCUAUUUGGUCACACCCCCCCUGCUGCAGCACCAUAAAUUUAAGCAAUCGCACACACACACACACACGCACAUGCACACACACACAGCAUGCACGCACAUGCACGCACGCACUCACUCACGCACGCACGCACGCACGCGCGCGCGCGCGGAUUACAACCUCUCCAGCGUCCGUCCGUCCGCGCGCACAGCGCAUCACAUCACAUCCCAUCACAUCUGCCCGGAUGUUUACGUAACAACACCGUCGCCUUAGACUGGGGUCAGAAACCGGAGUAGGCACAGCGCUACGACACUGUAGUAUUUAUUUAUUAUUUCUUCUUUUUUUUUUUUUUUUUUUGCAGUAAUGUCCUUUUAACCUGGAGACGACCGCGACAUUCCUUCAUACGGGAUUUUUUUUUUUUUUAUUCUAAUCGCGCGACCACAUGUAGCACAUGCUUUAUUAUUAUUAUCAUUAUUAUUAUUAUUAUUAUUAGUAGUAGUAGUAGUAAUAAAAAAGCGGUAGGCGUGUUCACACAGCCCGGAUACCGAGUUUCCCCGGUGAUGGAGGACGCGGGUGGAGCGGCUUCAGCGGCGCCGUGGCGGUGGCCGAGCCCUCGCGCGAGGAUGCUCUGGAUGUAGAGGACGCCGCGCGCGCUUGUGUGUGUGUGUGUGUGUGUGUGUGUGUGAACAAAAUAUGGGGAAAGAUCAGGAACUCUUGCAGGCGGUGAAAACUGAAGACCUGCUCACGGUGCAGCGGCUACUGCAGAGACCCAAACAGGGCAAAUCCAAGCUCCUGGGUUCUGCCAAGCGGAUCAACGUGAAUUUUCAGGACACAGACGGAUUCUCAGCCCUUCACCAUGCUGCUCUGAAUGGUAAUAUGGAGCUGAUAGCUCUGCUGCUGGAGUCACAAGCUGUCGUUGAUAUCAAAGAUCAGAAAGGGAUGCGGCCGCUGCACUACGCUGCCUGGCAGGGAAAAUGCGAGCCAAUGAAAAUGCUGCUGAAGGCGGGAUCGUCAGUCAACAGCCAAUCGGAUGAGGGACAGAUUCCCCUGCACCUCUCAUCCCAACACGGCCAUUAUGAUGGAAGUGAGAUGCUGUUGCAGCACCAGUCCAACCCCUGCAUCAGAGAUCACGCUGGAAAAACCCCUCUGGACCUGGCCUGCGAAUUUGGUCGCGUCUCGGUGGUGCAGCUACUCCUGAACAGCAAUAUGUGCGCUGCUAUGUUGGAGCCGAAGCCGUCGGAUCCCAACGGCAUCAGCCCUCUUCACCUGGCCGCCAAAAACGGACACAUCGACAUCAUCAAGUUGCUAAUCCAGGCUGGCAUAGACAUAAACCGGCAGACUAAAUCUGGCACGGCGCUGCACGAGGCUGCACUCUGCGGAAAAACCGAAGCCGUUCGCCUCCUUCUAGACAGUGGUAUUAGUGCCAGUGUGAGGAACACGUACUGCCAGACGGCACUGGACAUCGUAAACCAGUUCACCACAACACAAGCCAGCCGAGAGAUUAAACAGAUGCUGAGAGAUGCCUCUGCAGCCAUGCAGGUGAGGGCGCUCAAAGACUACUGCAACAACUACGACCUGACGAGCCUCAACAUCAAAGCAGGCGACAUCAUCACGGUCCUGGAACAGCACUCUGAUGGCCGCUGGAAAGGCUGUAUCCAUGACAACCGCACAGGAAAUGACCGUGUCGGCUACUUCCCCUCCAACAUGGUGGAGGUCAUCAAGAGGGCAGGACCCUCUACUCAGCAGUAUCUUAAGAUACACAUCCGUCCGCCGGCAAUUGGCUCAGUUGCCAUGGUGAACGGUGACUCCCACAUUCUCUCUCUUCCCCUGACCUCCCUGCCCCCUCCUCCCUCCCUGAUCUCUUCCCAUCAGCCCCUGUUCACCUCAUUUGGGUAUAACACACCCACCUGCAGCUCAUUUGCGUUCGAACCGCCCUCCUCCCGCUCAGAGGGGCCGAAAAGAGAGACAGGUUCCCGAGGUUCUGUGUCCAGCCCCCAUGGCUCCCCGACGUUAAGUGGGCAGCAAAGCAGUUCCAGCGAGGAGAUCUGGGUACUGAGGAAACCUUUAGCAGGUGCUGGCAGCACAGGGAGUCUGACCAGCGGGCGCUCUUCAGUCAGUGGUCCGGUGGACAACGCCAAUGCUCAUCUCGCAAGCUCCCCUGUUCCCAUCCCAACCACACCAACACAUUCCCCGGGGCUCAACACACACGGCGUAAACGUGCCCGGGUUACACGCGCAGGCCGAGGGGGUAAAGUUGCUGGCCACCGUGUUGUCUCAGUCAGCCAAAGCGAAAGAACAUCUCCUGGAGCAGGACACCAGUGCAGCUUCCUCGCAACUUACCCAGAGUACACCUGGUGGUCCACGGCCAGAAAAGAAAAAAACAUUUGUUGAUCCUUUACUACAGAGAAAAGAUAGUGCUGCAACAGAAAGCAAGAGCUCGGAGGCCGUGGCUGAAUGGCUUACUAGCGCUCAGCUGCAGUUUUACACCACAAACUUCCUGACAGCUGGAUACGACCUUCAGACCAUCAGUAGGAUGACACCAGAGGAUCUCACAGCAAUUGGGGUGACAAAACCUGGGCACAGGAAAAAGAUGCUGUCUGAGAUCACCAAACUGAGCAUUCCUGACUGGAUACCUAAAGAGAAGCCAACCAGCCUAGCUGAGUGGUUGUCCCUGAUUGGACUUAGUCAGUACUAUCAGACUCUUGUCCAGAAUGGCUACGACAACAUGGACUUUGUCAGUGACAUCACCCUGGAGGACUUGCAGGAGAUCGGCAUCACCAAGCUGGGACAUCAGAAGAAGUUAAUGUUAGCCGUUAACCGUCUGGGAGAGCCUCCGAAAGAGGAGGACUCUUACAGUAAGGAAAGGCAGUCAGACGAAAGCACAACAUCGAAACACCAAGAUGCUCCAGAAUCCACCCCUGCUCCAAGAACGCGCCGAGGAAUGGAAGGACGUGGCUCUCCAAGGCACACCACCCAGGGACGUGGUAUACAGCGAGCAAAUGCUCCACCACCGCUAAAAAAGCCUGCAUCAUGCAACAGUCCAGCCCACACACCACCACAUACACCCACUAAAGUCAAAAGCUCCUCCCCUCGCCCGAAUUCUCAAGCCCGCUCAGUCCCGUUGCUCUGCCUUCCCCAAGAAAGCGCAGCUGAGGAAGAUGAAGACGGCACACCUCCUUUACCCAGACGGAAAGACCCGCCCUUCCCUGACUCAACCAUGAAGUAUGCCACGGUGGGUGGAGCCAGCCGUACUGUGUCCUCCCUGGAUGUUGGAGGAGUAAACCGUAGCCAGUCCUUCGCCACAACACGACCUCGCAGGAAGACGCGCCCCCCAACACCACCAAAGCGCUCUUGCUCCUCCAUCUCCACGGGAAACCUGCCAAAUGAGGGUGGGGUUAACCAAGGCGAGCCUUGUGAUUCGUUUCUAAGCGUAACGUACAGAGAACGGCGUCGCAGUGACUGUGGCCCUGCGUCCGAAUCAGGGGUUUUAGGAGGAAGUGUUCGAGAUAUCGCUGCCAUGUUAGAAAUGUCCACAUUAGGAGGCAGAGCCAAAGGUGCUAGCAAGAACUAUUUACAGGCGAGCCCGGACAUCCUCAGACGAAACCGUGAUGCUCUGAGUUCAGAUGAAGAGAUCCAGAGUCGCCGUCGCACCAUCAGCGGCCCCAUAUCUGACUAUGAGGACCCCAUUGCACAGCAAGAUGGCACCCAACAAGGCGAAGUUACCAAAUCUCCGAGAAUUACUGAUGAACCAGUGGAAGCACUGCCUGUGAGGCGAACCCCAGAGCCACGCCCCCGCUCUAUGCUCACUCAAGAAGAGUGGUCACGUAUGGACGCCACGGCAACCUUGAGGAGGCCCCGAACACCUCAUGAUUUGGGUGGCGAGAGGUUCCAGCUCACCGAGACCAGCACUGUGAGACGACGGCCAAAAGUAAUAGCGCCCUCUCGGAGGGAUAAUGUAGCUGCAAAUGCGCCAGAUGCUGCUAUUUGUGUAAGACCUGUAUCAGAGGUGGAAAAUGUAUAUCGGGAAGGUGAUAUGAGCGACGAUUUUAAGCGAGCGCUGAAGCCUCCAGUUUCCCCCAAACCAGCUCUGGGCCUCAGGAAGCCUGAGCCUCCCACUCCAACUAGGAGAGUCCCACUUCCAGGACCGGAAAACCAGCACAGCACAGCGGAGGUCAAAAAGGUUCCACCGCCUGUAUCUCCAAAACCAAGCCCUCCUCCUACACUUCCUAAACCAAUCAAAAUUAAGCCCCUGCCAACACAUACACUUUCCCCACCCAGUGACCUAAACACACAGCCACACUCCUCAACUGUUCUGCCUGAACAAGUGGAGCAUCCCGUACUCAGUCCAUCAACCCAGACCCCGAAACCAGCAGAAUCUCACACUUUGUCCCCACGACCUUUGACAUCUCCUGCUCAGAGCCCACAAACCCCACAAACCCCACAAACUCCUUCUACCCCUGGUUGUGGAUCUGCCCCGGUCAAACCCCCAAGAUCUUCCAUGGCAGGGCUGUCAGUGGACAUUCCCAGCCCUUUUGAGGCAGAGCCACGAGAGAUGGAAAAACACAACGAGGAUGAUGAGCAGAAGAGACAAAGGAAGGAGGUCGCAGUGGUUAGGGGGCAAGAGAUGGGAACUUCCAACGAGGUCACGAGGGUCACAGAGGGGUCAGGGCAGGUGCUGAUCAGGCGCAGGAAAGUGGGUGUGGCCAGACAGAUGCAGAUCGAGGGAGAGAUAGAAAGCACAACAGAAGAUGUCGGUGUAACUGCAGAGGAAAUUCGACAGGGGGCGCCAAAUGCCAGAGGAUCGGAUGAAGCCAGACUUCAUGGAGAAGAAGAAAUAAACCAGCUAAGGCUGGACGAGACCAGUGCCUCCUUAGCUGCAGCGCUGGAGGUCGUAGAGGAAAGGAUCAUGACUGAAGACAAUUCUGCAAUGGAGAAUAAAAGCACAGUCAACAUUCUCGACGACAUCGGAAGCAUGUUCGAUGACCUCGCAGACCAGUUGGAGGCCAUGCUGGAUUAAAAAAAAGCACAAAAUAAAUCAUAGACAGAAAAGCACAGCAUAGUCUUCAUCUGAGUGCCAGAUCUGUUUAAGGCCACGCUUUAAUGAUCAAGCGAAUCCAAGGGGAAUUACGAUAAACGAUACGAUAAACAGGGAUUUGUUGAAUUUAUCAAGGAGAGUUAUGGACCUUCUGGAGGGCAGAGAUCUUGGGUUUAAAAUGUUAAAUCCAGAAACAUCCACGUUUGGUGAAGGUUUUGGAGCCAGGAUGUACGGACUACUCUCAUGCUGCUUCCAGAAAUAAGCACAACUAAAUGCUAACAAACUAUUUAAACAUUGUUAAGGUCAAGAAAUGCUAGCAAUGUGUCAGAGUGUAUGUGUGUUUCUAUGUGUGUACUAUGUUUGGGCUUUCCUUCACUGGCGAUCGACAUUUGUGUAUUCAUUUUUCAAUAAUAAUUGGAAUCACCAUUUUUGUGCUUUAAUGUGAAGCUGGCUAUGAGGUUUAGCGAUAACUCCGAUUUCAAAGGGGAACACGGGACAAAAUUUGGAAUAAAAAUCUGAUAUUUUAAGGAGUACGCUAAAGGUUGAGGAACUUUGCUAGCUAGCUAGCUAAAAAAAAACAAACAACAAAAUCAAAAGUAGGACAAGCCAUUUAAUGGGUUCCCCUUUGAAUCCAUAUUUUAAAGCAAAAAAAGCUGAUAUUGUGAUCCUUAUGUUGUCACUGUAGUCGUUCGUGUGUGUGAAUGUGUUUAAUUGUGUAUUUUCUGCAUCGACAAAUCCCAAUUUUCAGCAGAUAGAGCAGUGUAAUUUAUAAUUUAUCAUUUAUAGAUGCUGCGUGAUGUAGUGUAAAUGUGACAUAGAUAACAGAGUAGGAUUUGGAAUGCAACAAGCACCCCUUCAGUCCCAAUUAAUGUGAACAAGCAUUAUGGGCCGUAUUCAGAGUCCAAAAUUCAUACAUGGAAAGUUAUUCAAGUGAGUCGGGUUACGCACUUGCUCAAGUCAGUUUUCUCAGAGUGCACCAUUCAGAUGAUUCAAAUCACCUGCGUGUAGUUCAUGCCUCCGAGGUUGCCAGAUUUUUCUUGAGUAGAAGCGUCCGAGACGGGUUUUUCAAUAGCAGCUAGACCACCACUUUUAAACUUAAAAAAAUAAAACGUAUUCCACACUCAUUAUUCAAGAGCUUAGAGAAUAGCACUUGAUCCAGCACAUCCUAUUAUUUUUUAUUUUACUUUUGCUCUGACAGUUAAUUGUGUCCACAACUUAAUGGGAUACUAAAUCGAGGUCAUGAAAUCUUCGUGUGCACAGGUUGUAGACGAUUUCACCAUGCUUUUAAUUUGCUAUUUUGAUUUGUCUAAUUAAUAAACUAAUGACAAAGGUUUGGUUAAUUCCAUGCACUCUCCUGUAAAGAUGACAUGUUCAAGGAUAAGCUGACUGAGCACUCAGCUGCUAGACUUACAGCUCACUGGAAGAUAAGUCCUAAUUUUAUGCAGGAAAAAAAUUCACUGCCAAAAUUAAGCAAUGUCUCUGAUUAAGAUGCAUCUCUUCCAAAGUCCUCCAUGCAGAAAAAAUCGUAGUUUUAGGCAAACUCUGCUCCAUGUGCAUAACUCUUGCACGACAUCUGAGUAGCGCAUGAUUCUGCAGUUACAUCUGCGGUCUGAACGAGUAAUUUCAAUAUUAAAUCCGCACUCAUCUCUGAAUACAGCCCUCUUGUGUGUUUGUGUGUGACAAAGAGUUUAGGGUGUGUGUGUGUGUGUGUGUGUGUGUGGGUGGGUAGGAAUGUGCGUGUUUAAGAUGCAAAAUGAGAAGUUUUUUUAUGUUUUGCAUAUGCAUUGGCCCAUUGGAGAGAGCUUGCAGUCAAGACAAUAGUGGCCAAAAGAACAUAAUUUAGUGUAUAUGUUAUAUAAUUACAGAGCAAUAUUUCUAUCAACUCUCCAUGUUGGUAAUUUUAGUUUUAUGACAAUCCUUUAUCAUGUUUGAUUAAUUCUGCUAAAGGUGGACAUUAGAGAGUUAAACCUUAUAUCCUGUAAAAAAAACAAAAAAACAACAUAUAUCUAUGUAAUAUUCAAGUUAUUUUGUGUACAUGCUCAACUGGCUAAUGUGUUUGACCCUGGUGAAAUGAUCCUUGGAGACCUCUUCCAUGUAAAGCAUAUUGAGAGUAUGUGGAAGUAUGAUUAAAUAAACUUUAUGAAUUAUGGA